UAGUUCGCGUCCUUAGGUUGUUCGCUGAGCGAGUGACGUAUUUUAGGGCGAAAUAUUACAAAUUAUGAAUUUAUUGACGUAGUUCUCUAUAUCCUGCGCUACUGUGACACGUACAAAGCGCGUUUUCCUGGCGUUUGGGUGCGUUAAUGGAGGAGAAGAAGGAAGACGGAGACUCUGAGAUUCAGGAACACGGACCCGAGCACUGGUUCUCAAAAUGGGAGCGGCAGUGUUUGGCCGAAGCGGAGCAGAGGGAGCCGAGCGAGGAGGAGGCCGAUAACGACCAGGAAAAGCUGUGGCAUCUCUUCCAGAACUCGGCCACAGCGGUGGCUCAGUUAUACAAAGACAGAGUUUGUCAUCAGCAAGGCCUGUCACUUUGGGUGCCAUUUCAGAAUGCCGCUACAGCAGUUACCAACCUCUACAAAGAGAGUGUGGAGGCCCAUCAGCGAAGCUUUGAUCGGGGCAUACAGAUAGGACACCAACGUCGAAAUAAGGACAUGUUGGCCUGGGUGAAAAAGCGGCGAAGAACAAUCCGUAGGGAGGACCUUAUUAGCUUUCUCUGUGGCAAAGUCCCGCCACCGAGGAGUAGCAGAGCCAAUCCCCGGCUGACCAUGGUGGCCCCCAGCCGAGCUAACUCACCAACUGAGACUGGUUCAUCUGUGGAAGCAGACCUGCAGCCCUUCAGGGAGGCCAUAGCACUGCACGGUCUGAGUGGCGCCAUGGCGAGCAUCAGCGUGCGCUCUGGUGCUCCAGGUUCUCCCACACAUGUGAGUGGAAGUGGCGGCAAUGGAGGCAAUGCCAGCGGCGGCGGUUCUUCUGGCUCGGGGCUGAUGUGCCGCAGCAGGCGUAACGGGCUCCAGGAUGUAGAUCUGAACACUUUCAUCGCCGAGGAGAUGGCGCUGCAUCUGGACUCUACAGGCUCCGCGUCCGCUGGAGGAGGCGGAACUAGGAAACGAAAUUCCACCCAGUGUAGUGACGUCAUCACAGACUCUCCGACUCACAAACGCAACAGGCUGAUCUGAGCUGCUUGGCUGUGUGAUGGAUGUGCUGAUGAGCGGAGGGACGUUGGGAGGUUUCAGCCUGCAGAAGACCGUGGGCGGGACGGAAAGCCUGAACUGGCAGCUCUCAGUGGAUGAAUUCUUUUUCUUGUCUGCUUUCUCUGUUUUGUUAUCAGAUGUUGCAGAUUCUGCAGCCGCGCCAUGUGCUUUGUUUGGAAGUGUCAUGUCGGCGGUAAUCACACGCGCGAGUCAUCGCUGACGGCUGGUCACCCUGUAAAGGAGACUACGAGCAACGUCACCAACUGGGAUGCAGGCGGCUCUGCUGCUUUCAAAGUAAAAGCCACUUGAUGUUUGACACAUCUGUGCCCUUCCCUCCACUGACUUUAAUCAUCCUCCUCACCCACCACCUUAAUGAACACGUGAGGGUCGUUAACAAAUCGUCUCACUCGGUGACUCGACUUGUUCGCCAAACGACAAAUCCGCUCUCCUGCUGAAAUCCGCCAUCUUUCUCUGACUUCAUUUGUGAAGUCUGUCAGCAGUUAUAAUCCUCUGACUUCAUAGUAACUGCCAAAAAAAAAAACUAGGCUGUUGAUGUUUGGACGUUUGGAACUUCUCUGUUAACUCUCUGCUUCACUUUAGUUCAGACUGUUCUGUUCUUAUUUGUAGCUUUUGCACCCACCAGUGUUAACUUUGGAGCUGUGUUAGCGCCGUGUGCAGCAGCGAUGACCCAGUACGUUUUCAGUUGUCGUCUCUACCAUGUUGAGGAUAAUCAAAAGGAAAUGCGUCUCAGACAGCCGUCUGGCUCGGUACGUCCAUCGCUCAGAAGCAGACGUGACUGCAAGCAUGUAAAAAAAAUUAAUAAAUAAAAAAUUGCAGCCAAAACACUCAGAUGUAAACGUUGCUUUUGAAGGUUGUGCAGAAAAAAAAAUAGCGCAGAUUGUUGCCAGAAUGAUUUAAAUGCGGCUCAAGUAAAGAUUUUACAAAGGAAGCGAUGGAGGAAGUGCAUUAAAAAUAUCUUCUUUUUUUUUCCCACUUUUAGUGACAGUUCAUCUUGUUGCAGCGAGUGCAGGUUUUCAGGCUGCAGUCAGAUGAGUUUCUGAGAACUAAAAGCAAACUUUAUUAAAAUAAAUUCAAUCUCACUGUAUUGUAGCUUGAUGACAAUACACGUAGAACACCACACCUGCUGCCAACAUCAAGGACAGCAAGUAAAAAUGUUCCAUAAUUAAGUAAUGUGCAGGUUUCUUUAGAUCAGUGGUUCUUAGCACUUUUUUUCCGGGGGGGGGAGAGAAUGUGGCUCAUAGGAAUCAGUUAUAUCCCUUAACUUAUCUGGACAUACCCCCCCCAGCACAAAAAAAAUUGAACAGUAGCAACAGGAAUAGUAAUUAACAACAACACCACAGUUCUGUGCAGUACUUAUCAGUACUGCAAUAUUACUCAGGUCUUAAGAUAUAGAAUUCUGCAAGAAGGCAAUUCUUGAACUUCUAGGAUUUCACAAUUUCUCAUUCCUACUGCAAUAACGAUGGAGCAUCAAUCAAGUUGACCAAAAAAAAAAAAUGAGUUUGGCUGUGUGUCGGUGGAAGGAAAGGUGUGUUUCAUCUCUAGCUGCUACCAAUCCAAACUGAGCUAAGUUACGUUCUGAAGUGCCAGCAUCUCUUACCAUAAGACAAGAUUUCACAUACUACAUGUUGUAUGUGGGAGUUUUCCUCCUGUAUGACUUAUACUCCAGAAAAUACGGCAAUACAGCAGAAGUCAAACUGCAUUUGUGCACAGUUUCUGCUUCACAAGUCACUAAUGCCUUCUGUUUUAUUGUCCAUCAUAUUGAGAUUUAUGGUGCAUCAGGAGAACCACUGAUCUAGACUUUCCAAUAGUCUUUAAAAGAAACAGCCCUGAAAUAUUCAGUGUACAUUGACUGAAACUGCAAGUGCUCCAAAAAGAACCAGUGAAAAUGUUGUGCUGCUCAGUUAACCGAUUGGUGGCUUUAGUCUUUCCAGCGCCACCAGAGGUCAUGGCAUUGAGUUGCAGGAAUGUGAGAAACGCGAGUGCCAGAGUUCUGACUGCCCACGUGAAGCGUGGAGCAGAUUUUAAAAGCAGCUGCUGUUUUAUGUGAUGGUUUGAUUUAUCCUGACGAGUUGCAAUAAGGAUUUUUUUUUUCUUUGCACUUAGCUUUCACCUCCCACUAAUGCAAACAAAUCGGCUCUUCCACUUUUCUCUCCGCUGUAGCCUUUUGCAGCUCUUGUGCUCAGUCCGCACGUCACUUUGCAGCUGAAUAAAAACAAACUGCAGUGACGACAAUCGGAGCCGCAUCACCCCGCUUGUUUUAACGCCACCUCCGCGUGCCCGACCUGGUGUCAUAGCUUUCCUCUGCGCACUUGGGAAUAUUAUUAAAAGUGAUCUGAAACUUGAACACUGCAUUUAAUUUCAGUAAUUUGCAUUCAUAGUUUCCACUUAAUUGUUGCACUUCUUCGAACUCUGGUGGUUUUCCAGACUUGAUCCUGACAAACGUCUUGCGUACAGCGUAACAAACGUGAAUCGCACUUACUUUGAUCGUCUUCACGCAGCAGCGGUCACGGCCCAACUUGAGUUCCAUGUCGGAGCUCAAACUGAAAAACUAGAAUAGGCGUUUGAUGUGGAACUGCUGAAUGUGACACGAAGAUUCUGACCGGGUUAAUCUCGCUCAGGACUCGGUGUCCUUCCUCACCCAACGUAACUCAUUGGAAGAUGAUCAGUACUGUUCCGGUGUUGUCGUUUUUCUGACCCAACAUGCCCGCGGAUCCUCAGCUACUUCAGAAUCUUCAGGAUUUGAGCUGGUGUGUUUUGUUUAAGGGGAGCGUGCAUUAAUAAGACGGCGGAAGGUUUUGGGUUUGAUGAUGCAAUCAGGGCUCGUUUCCCGUCAUUUGAGGAGCAGAGACGCAAACAGACGGAAAACCGGUGUGGUAAUAAAAUUUUGCCUAUUUUAGGCACUUUAGAAAAUCACUACAGUGGAAUCCACACAGUGUGACGAGCUGAUGUGAAUGUUUUUUCCUUCGGUGCAGGAAACUCAGAGAAUCGGCUGCCUUUUUUGUUGUUGUUUUUGCUGUUUUCUCACAGCGAGGUGACAGAAACUGAAGGAAUCAUCUACAUUUUGGGUAAAAUUGCAAAAAUAAAUUAAAGAAUUCAUGACUUAAA